AUGGAUGAGCAGCGGAAAAUUCUAUGCCUCAAACCUGUUUCUCUUUCCCAACCUCGUUCUUCUCUCUCUCCCUCUUCCCCCUCUCUCUCUCUAUCACUCUGUUGCUAUUUUAUCCAAUCUCUCUCAAUCCCACUCGCCCUUUCUCCCUUCCCAACAUCUCCUUCUAACUCAUAUUUUCAUUGUCUCUCUCCAUUCUCUCUACCUCACUUCUCUUUUCUUUCACUCUAUCUCCUUAGCAUUUCUUUUCCUCUUUAUUUUAUCAAUCAUAUAUCUUUAACACCUCUAUUUAGAUAUAUUCCUUGUUCUUUCCCUUUCUCUAUUCCACUGUCCCUCUUUUCUCUUAUCUUUCUUUCCCUUUCUUUCUCUCUCUCUCUCUCUCUCAAUCUUACACAGCACCUCUCUCAUUUUACUUACUCUCUCCCCUUUUUCAUUUUCGAUCUCCUUUCUUGCUCUACUCUUAUCUUCUUUCUGAUCUCUCUCUCUCUCUUUCUCUCUCUCUCUCUUUCUCUUUCUCUCUCUCUCAAUCUGGACAUAUUCCUAAUUCCCCCUCUCUUUCUAGUUCCGAUUUUCUCCAUGUCAUUUUUCUUUCUUUUGUUAUUUCUAUCAAUCUCAGUAUGUUCUUUUCCCGUCCCCUCUUAA